GCAAUCUGGUCUAGUAGAAGGGGGUGGAAUGAGGUGGCAUUCAAUGUCCCUUGCAACAACAACAACAAAAAAAACAUCGGGAGAUUAUGCGUUUCUGGGAUUCCGUCAUUCUGUGAUUCUGGGAUUCCACGAUCCCCGCUCCGCCUCUCUGACGCCUCUCCCGGUCUCCGCCCCCAGAUCCAGCAUAAAGCGGGCGGCGGAGGCAGGCGGCUCCUCAUGGAGCGCUGCGCGCCGCCGGCACCUGUUGUGCUACGGCGACUCCUUGCCCCGUUUCCAUCUGUGUGUCUCUGUCGCCACCCGCCCCGGUUCGGACGAUGCGGGCCGUGCUGCUGAUGGCCGCGCUGGCCGUGCUGGCAGCGAGCUGGGCCGCCGGGUCCUCGCCCAACGCCACGGAGCCGCAGCGGCACGAGGAGCGGGAGCCCGGGAGCCGUGAGGGCGAGCCCGUGCCGGGUCCUGACUACGAGGAGGAUGAGGAGGAGUACGAGGAGGCGCCGCCCGUCCACCGGUACAUCGUGGACGACUUGAUCCGAGUUGAACCUGUGGUUAAACCCAAGCCAGCAAAGAGGGGGGGAGAGAAGAAUGCUGGCAAAUCAAGAAGGAAGAAAAACAGAGGGAAAAACAAGAAGAAAGGGACUCCCUGUGAAAUGGAAUACAAAAACUUUUGCAUCCAUGGAGAAUGCAUAUACCUAGAACACCUCCAGAUGGUGACCUGCAAGUGUCAUCAGGAUUUUUUUGGUGAGCGCUGUGGUGAACAGUUCAUGAAGACUCAAAGGAAGAAUGAUGUGGCAGACUACUCAAAGACUGUGCUGGUAGUGGUAGCUGUGCUGCUCUCGAGCGUCAGCUUCAUUACUGUACUUAUCAUUGUGAUAGUGCAGGUCAGGAAAAAGUGUCCUCAGUAUGACGAGAAAGAAGAAAGGAAAAAACUCCGACAAGAAAACAGAAAUGGCCAUGUUGGUGUAUAAAUGGGGAGAAAGCAGAGCAAUUCUGAAGUGGCCUUUGCCAAGCUGCGAGGUACCUCUGGCUGCCUGACACAUCCACCUGGACACUGUGGGCUGGAGCUGUUGCCACCAAGCCCUGAUUCAUCAAGAGAGAGGCUGCUGCAAGGAGACGUCAACAGGCCACUUGCUGCUGAAUCGCUUGCUGAGGAGACCAGUUAUCACUGCAUCUUGGCACAACAAUGUGGAAGGAGCUGGCUCCUUGGGGGACAGUACCUGUUGUCAACACCUGCUGAAAACUACUGCUGCUGAGCCUUCUCUCUCUGUCCUAGAGCUCCUGUCUCGGCUGUUGUGUGGAUGGACUUUGUUCUCUUAGCAAGUCUCCUUUGGCAGCUCUAGCUCCCGGGGGGAGAAUGUGUUGCUGCUUUCAGCACUGGAUGGAGGGGAGGAAAUUCGCUUCCUUCGCUCUACAAAAGUGAGAAAGGGAAAGAGGUUGGGACGGCUUCUCUCCCUAGACCUCAGUGGAUGAAAAUCUUAAUUCUGUUGUCACUGUGCUCCCUGUCCAUAUUGGUUUCAAGAGCUUCAUCUGUAGAUGUGACUUGGCAGGGCGUUGGUGACAGAUCUUUGUCAGCCACAUCUGGGUUCUGUUACUGUGUGUGUGGAAGUAAUCCCUACGAGUUCUGUAGGACAUGUGGUGUGAGUGGAGCUAUCCAUUUGUGUGUGCUGGCCCGAGUUAAAAUUAGUCUCCUCGGGACAGUGGAUGCAAGACCUGAAGCUUUGCAUCUAAAGGAAAAAAUCCAUGCUCCAGACAACUGAUAAGACUGGACCCAUCUCUUCUUCUAAACACAAAGCUAUUCUGUUAAACAGAUAAUUCUUGCUGCUGCUUUAAGCAGUGCUUAAAUAUAAAAGGCUUCCCAUCACUUAAACUUGACUAAGAACCUGUUCUUUUGAAGAAUUUAAUUCAGUCACUGAUGCUUUGCAGAUAGUGGUCUCUUGUGCUCUGACUUCAGGUGUGAAGAACUCAUCUUACCUCAAUCUCUUCUGACCCAGGUGUCCCUGGUUUCUUAACUGUCCAUGCAGUCUUGAGCACAGUAUUAUUUGAGUUCAGUUUCUUCUUGGAAGAGUGAUUGUGUUCUGUAUAAACAGGGCAGAAUUUUUCUGGUAGCAGAGAAACACCAUUAAUUGUCAAGUUGAACCUGUAAAUGUGUAAAUAUUUAUUACUGUAUUUAAUAUUUAAAGUUGCCAUAAAGUUAUUUAUUUCAUUAUUA